AAACAAACUUCAACAAAAAAAUGAUCCGAAUUCGUUACUUUCCCCGUACCUCUGAGUAACUUCAAAACAAAUUCUUGUCUCAGCCUGUAUUAAAAAUAUUAAAUUAUGGGUACACCUCAAAGAAUACAAACAUAUAUGGAGAAACAUAGACUAACACCUUUGUUUGAGGAAAUGAUGAACAAGGUGCUACAUGAACAGCCAGAAGAUCCUUAUCUCUAUUUGAUUAAAGUUUUAUACAGAAAGGCUGGACUGGAUAUACCUGCUGAUAUCAGACUUGGUGCUGUGAGGAAAAGUUCUCCUGAAAGAUUGGGAAGAAGAACAAAGAGUCCAGAACCCAGCAGAAAAUCCAACACCUGGGCAGCAUCAGGAACAGAUGAUAGAGGUUAUAAUAAGCCAUGGUUGACACACAGCAAAAAACCCAAACCAAAGAGUCCAGAUGAACCAGAACAUGCAAGACCAGCAGUGACUUCUCCAAAGUCUAAUAGAGUGCAUAGUGCUCGCCCACAUACUGCACAAACCUCUUCAUCACCCAGAUCACAAGCACAACAAACAUUGGCCUCACCUAGAUCACAUGUAAAGCAAACACAUUCUUCACCCAGAACAAUGUCAGAGUCACUGCCUUUAAGCUUUGAUGAUCUUUUGAAAGUGACUCCAAUUUCGCCAGGACGUAGACAAAAGCAAGGGUGGAAUGCAGACAACAAAGUUGCCGCCACCAGUUUUGAUGACCUUUUUGAAGGUCAGACCAAAUCAGAAGAAUCCAAAGGUCACAGACGAACAGAGACAUCUAAAGAUACAAGAACAGCUUGGGCUUCCUCAGGACUAGGGGAUGAUGACAUAUUUAGAAGUAGCAAUUAUAAAGGACCAAGGCCUUCAAGAACAGAGGAAGAUCCAUUAGCUGGAGAAUUAAUGAAUUGUAAAGAAACGGUCAAACAAAAUACAAAUGCAGAUAUGAAUAGUACUGGACAUGUGCGUGGACCAAAAAUAGAAUCCAAAAAACAUAGACAGGAACUGAACCAAUAUCUUCAAGAAAAAGACAAGCAUUCUGAUGAUUCUGGUUAUCUAGAUGAACAGGAGGAAGAGGAUGAUGCUAUUGAAUUGUUAGAGGAUGCUGAUGAUUUAAGAAGAGAAGGUGUGACCAAUAUACCAAAAUCAGGCUACAAACUAAGUAAGAUUUUAAGACAAAGACAUGAAGAUGCAAAUGUUAAACUUAAUAUAAAUCUUAAUUAUGCUGAUAUUCGCCCCCAGUACAGUUUUACCGAUGACAGAUAUAAUAGACAACCAAAUAAUGGCAGUCCUUAUGAUUCUGAUCCAGAUGAAAGACCAAACACAGGUAUGUCUGGUUACCAACCAUCCCCAGGAGACAGCGAAGACGAUGAAUUUGAAAGUGUAUCACAAGUUACUGGCCCUAGGAGACCUGUCUGGAAUGUAAUGGAUUCCGAUGGUGAAACUUACAACCCAAAAAUGUCAAGGACAUUGCCUGAGCCUACAAGGUCAAGGAAAUCUAACAGUCAGAGCAGGAAGUUAGCAGCUACAGUACCAGUAAGGUUUGAUGACACACCAUACCCAUCCAGGUCUGUAGAGAGUGCAGAUUCCUUUCUACAAGGGAGAGAAACCUGGUCAGGGAGAACAACAGAACCUCAGGAUGAAGAAGUAACUGUACGAGGGUCAGUAAGGUCAGAGUCAGGUGGAUGGCAGCUACCCAGAUAUGAAUCUGAUACCAGUCUGGCUGAAUGGCAAUAUGAAGGAAAACUAAAGAAAAACCCCCCUCCAAAAGCAUACUAAAUUUGGGAUAAAGUAGUGUACGGAAUUGAACUUUGAACAAACAUACUCCAAUGGUUCCAGAUUUAGCUAUAUAUAGCUUUAGGAUAGAGACAUAAUAUAUUGUAUUACUUGAUUAAUUUCCAUGGCUUCAGUUUUCCAUGGAAGUAACGUGUUGUGGAUACGCAAUUGCUCUGGAGAGCUUUUUUAUUCUAUAAAAAAAAAACACUCUAAGACAC